AGAGUUGCAUUCGUGAGGUUAUGCCACAGAACACUAGGUUAUGCCUUUUGAUUUGACGUUCAAGUCGAACGUGUUCGACACGACCCAAGACACGACCAGUGAUGACCGUUCCGUUCCCGGGAAUUUUUGCGUUACUAAGAGAACAUAGUUACCACUUUUGACGUUCGAGACGAGACCAUCGGUUUAGGUUCCCUAUGUAUAAUUUUCAAGUGGAGAAAAGAAGCCCGGGUACCACUAAUAAAUAAGAAUAAAAUGUGCAACAAAUUCAAAAUGAAAAAUUGAGUUUUAAAUUAGUGUUUUGAUAAGUAAAUAGAGUUAAGUGUUUUAAAUAAUGAAGUUCAUUAGAAGAAGCUUGCUAAGUUACAGUCGAUGGAUGGUGUGUGUGCAUCGUGGCCGCUUGGCUAGAUGCAGCAGCAGCAACGCGGAUGGUACAGAGGGCGCGGGCGCAGCUGCGGGCGGCUGGCCGCGGCGCGUGGUGUCGGGGCUGCAGCCUACGGGCGCGCUGCACGUGGGCAACUACUUCGGCGCGCUGCGGCGCUGCGUGCGGGAGCAGGACGCCGGGCACGACCUCACGCUCUUCGUGGCCGACUUGCACGCGCUCACCACGCAUCAUAAGGGGCAGUCGCUGCAAGAGAACACGCUGGAGCUGACGGCGUUGGCGCUGGCGGCGGGCGUGGACCCGGCGCGGAGCCUGCUGUUCGUGCAGUCGGCCGUGCCGCGCCACGCCGAGCUGUGCUGGCUGCUGGCCUGCCUGUGCUCGCAGGCGCGCGUGCAGCACCUGCCGCAGUACCGCGAGAAGGCGGCGCUCGUGCCGCGCGGCGGCGGCGCCGGCGACGGCGGCGAGGUGCCGCUGGGCCUGCUGCUGUACCCCGUGCUGCAGGCGGCCGACGUGCUGCUGUACCGCGCCACGCACGUGCCGGUCGGCGCCGACCAGCAGCACCACUUGCAGCUGGCCGCUCAGCUGGCGCGCACCUUUCACCACCGCUACGGGCCCGCCUUUCCCGUGCCGCGCGCCAUGUUGCCCGACGACGGCAGCGACCGCGUACGCUCUCUGCGGGACCCAUCGCGCAAGAUGUCGAAGUCGGAUCGCGACCGGCGCGCGACUAUCUUGCUGACGGACUCGGACGACGCGAUCCGCGAGAAGAUCCGCAAGGCCGUCACGGAUUGCACGCCGCACGUGAGCUUCGAGCCGGAGCUGCGGCCCGGGGUCUCCAAUCUGGUGGCGCUGCACUGUCUCGCCGAGGACAAGCUGCCCGAGGAGGCGGUCGAGGAGAGCGACGGUCUCACCACCGCACAGUACAAGCGGGUGGUGGCGGAGGCGCUGUGCGGCGCGCUGCGGCCGCUGCGCGCGCGCGCCGCCGAGCUGCGCGCGCGCCCGCGCCUGCUGCGGGACGUGCUGCGCGCCGGCGCCGCGCGCGCGCGCCUGCGCGCCGACCACACGUACGCGCACGUGGCGCAGCUGGCGGGGCUGGCGCAGCGCCCGCCGCGGCCCGCCCUAGCUAGCGCCGCCGACGCUGUUAGUAGUCCCAUAAGUGAAUAAAUCAAACCGAAAUUCUCCGUUAAA